UCAGAAUCACGUCUCUGCUGCUGCUCUCUCCCUCUGCUUCCCGCUCGAAAGCAUCUCAAACGCUUCUUCCAUUGUUGCCGAGCUUCUCCAUUGAUUCGAGAGAUCGUCUCUCGGACUACGAUCGAAGAUGCUGGCAGCUCUCAAGACUGAAGACCAGAGCCAGUUGCAGCUCAUCGAGAGAGAAGACGUUGAUGAUGAGGAGGACCUCUUCGAGGCCAUAGACAAACUGAUCUCUCAAGGAAUCAAUGCUGGAGAUGUGAAAAAGCUCCAAGAUGCAGGGAUCUACACCUGUAAUGGCUUGAAGAUGCAUACGAAGAAGCACUUGACGGGAAUAAAAGGAUUAUCUGAAGCCAAAGUGGACAAGAUAUGUGAAGCUGCUGAGAAAUUAGUGAACUUUGGCUAUAUCACAGGAAGUGAUGCUUUGCUGAGAAGAAAGUCCGUGAUUCAUAUCACGACAGGAAGCCAGGCCCUUGAUGAGCUUUUAGGCGGUGGAAUUGAAACUCUGGCUAUAACAGAAGCUUUUGGGGAAUUUCGGUCAGGGAAAACACAGCUCGCACAUACUCUCUGUGUUUCUACACAGCUGCCAACUCACAUGAAAGGAGGCAAUGGCAAGGUUGCUUACAUUGACACUGAGGGAACUUUCCGCCCUGAUCGCAUUGUGUCAAUAGCUGAGAGAUUUGGCAUGGACCCUGGGGCAGUCCUUGACAAUAUCAUUUAUGCCCGCGCAUACACUUAUGAGCAUCAAUACGACCUGCUUCUCGGCCUGGCUGUGAAAAUGUCUGAAGAACCAUUUAGAUUACUGAUUGUAGACUCUGUGAUUGCUCUCUUCCGAGUGGAUUUUACUGGGAGAGGAGAACUUGCUGAACGGCAGCAAAAAUUGGCACAAAUGCUUUCUAGAUUAACAAAGAUUGCUGAGGAAUUCAAUGUUGCUGUGUAUAUGACCAACCAAGUGAUUGCUGAUCCAGGUGGCGGAGUAUUCAUAUCAGAUCCUAAGAAACCAGCAGGAGGCCAUGUGCUAGCCCAUGCAGCCACAAUUAGGCUGAUGUUUAGGAAAGGCAAAGGUGAACAGCGCGUCUGCAAGGUGUUCGAUGCUCCAAACCUACCAGAAGCUGAAGCUGUAUUCCAGAUAACACCAGGAGGCAUAGCAGAUGCCAAGGACUAAUGUAAGCUGAGGAUCUGUACCUUAUAUACCAGCCAGAUGAUCACUCUUUCCGCAUUUAGUUUAGUAAUACUUAUCAUACAGUAUGCUGCUGCUUAUACAGUAUGAACUCAUUUUAGUUUCCUAAAAGUGGCUUCACUUGAUUAAGCUGAUCAAGUAUUUGAUUAGAUUAAGACGAUGCCUUUGACUCCAUAUAUUAGUAAUAUACUUACCACUGUCCACUCUAAAGAAACCAGAACAACCUAUAUUUGAUAAACAGUUCUAGCCUUUAGUAUUCUGCGUCUCCUGUCCUCUUCUUGGUUGGAUUACCCGCUGCAACUCAUUGACAGUCUUUAAUAUAAUUCUCGCAAUUGAUGAUGAGCAAAGCAAACUUCUAUCCAUGCCCGAAUGUAACUCGAAUAGAGGGUAUUAUUCCAUAUGAUAUGAUAUCACAAAGUUCACCAAAGCCUUGGUCUUCACAGUAAGCAACAUGUACAGCCGCAUAAACUGAUACCUCAGUUUCUUUUUAUACCCCUCAACAUGAAAAGGGUUAAUACCAAAUAAAAGGCU